AUUUUAUAAGAGACCGGCCCACGGUGGGCCAGGUCUACGGAAAACUUCUUUUUCCCGGCGCAAUGUAGCAACACCAGCCCUUAACGUACGCCCCCCUCCUCCCUAUAUAAACCAAAGCCCCUCCCCCUCUCCCUCUUCCUCCGAGUCUCUCCACCAUUCUCCUCCUCCUCCUCCUCCUCCUCCACCUGAAACCCUAACCCCAUCGAUCUCAUCGCUCUCGCUCUCGCUCUCUCUCUCUCUCGAUAGAGGAUCCAUCAAUGGCGGCGAAGAAGAGCGUGGGGGAUCUGAAGGAGGCGGAUCUGAGGGGGAAGAAGGUGUUCGUGAGGGUCGAUCUCAACGUGCCCUUGGACGACGCCCUGAACAUCACCGACGACACCCGGAUCCGCGCCGCGGUGCCCACGAUCAAGUACUUGGUCGGGAACGGCGCCAGGGUCAUCCUCUGCACCCACCUGGGACGCCCUAAAGGUGUCACUCCAAAGUACAGCUUGAAGCCUCUCGUGCCGAGGCUAUCAGAACUUCUUGGAGUCAAUGUCGUGAUCACGAAUGACUGCAUUGGCGAAGAAGUUGAAAAAACGGUGGACGCAUUGCCAGAUGGCGGCGUUGUACUUCUUGAGAAUGUCCGAUUUCAUAAGGAAGAAGAGAAGAAUGAUCCCGAGUUCGCUAAGAAGCUAGCAUCGCUCGCGGACCUCUAUGUGAACGAUGCCUUUGGCACCGCCCACAGAGCUCACGCCUCGACCGAGGGAGUCACCAAGUUCUUGAAGCCGGCUGUCGCCGGCUUCCUUAUGCAGAAGGAACUUGAUUACCUUGUUGGGGCCGUGGCGAACCCUAAGAAGCCAUUUGCGGCCAUCGUGGGUGGAUCUAAAGUAUCAACGAAGAUCGGAGUGAUCGAAUCAUUGUUAGGAAAGGUCGAUAUCCUUCUUCUCGGCGGUGGGAUGAUCUACACGUUUUACAAGGCGCAAGGGUACUCUGUUGGGUCGUCACUGGUUGAAGAAGACAAGCUCGACCUAGCGACUUCUCUUCUAGAGAAAGCGCGCUCCAAAGGGGUUUCUCUCUUGCUGCCCACCGACAUUGUGGUAGCCGAUAAGUUUGCUGCGGACGCAGCCAGCAAGGUCGUACAAGCGUCGGAAAUUCCAGAUGGCUGGAUGGGUCUCGACAUCGGACCCGACGCGAGCAAGACAUUUAAUGAAGCCCUGGAUACCACCAACACCAUCAUUUGGAACGGACCCAUGGGCGUGUUCGAGUUCGAGAAGUUUGCUGCGGGAACCGAUGCGAUUGCGAAGAAGCUGGCCGAGCUCAGCGCGAAGGGCGUCACGACGAUCAUCGGGGGCGGUGACUCCGUCGCCGCAGUGGAGAAGGCGGGCCUGGCAGACAAGAUGAGCCACAUCUCAACCGGAGGCGGCGCGAGCCUGGAGUUGCUGGAAGGCAAGUCGCUCCCGGGAGUCCUCGCUCUCGACGAUGCUUGA